ACGACGAUUGCUGUGGCCGGAGACACAUGAAAAACACAUUUAACAAAUAAAUAAGAUAAAAAAAAGUGACUAUUUCAUUUAGUUUUCGCAUAUUAUCGCGUCCAAAAAUCAGUUCAUUUUAUUUGUUGACAAAAAAAUCCAAAUAAAAUUGUGAAAAUGAGUUCAACCGAAGCCGAUAAUAUUGAUAAACUUUAUAAAAACUAUGAAAUUCUUAGCGACGCUAAAGACAAAAUUUCUGAGCAUGAAAAGGAAUAUCGCGAGAUUAUCGACGCUGUAAAAGGGUCGGAAAAGGAAAAACGCUUGGCAUCACAAUUUAUCGGCAAAUUUUUCAAAUUUUUCCCAAAUUUGGCUGAUUCAGCAAUUGAUGCAUCGCUCGAUUUAUGCGAAGAUGAAAACAUUCAAAUUCGUCGUCAGGCAAUUCGUGAGUUACCGUUGCUAUGCAAAGACACAAAAGAGCAUAUCCCGAAAAUUGGUGACAUUUUGGCUCAGUUGUUGGUUGUUGACGACCCAUUAGAGCUACAACAAGUGCAUAUGUCAUUGCAGCAAAUUCUCAAAUUUGAUGCUAAAGCUGCUCUAGCAGGCAUUUUCAGUCAAAUUUUAUCGGGCGAUGAAAUCACGCGUGAUCGUUGCUUCAAAUUUCUUGGACUCAAACUAAAGCAAUUAGGCAAAGAGAUAAUCACCGAUGAGGUCGAAGCAUUUAUUAUUGAAGACUUAAAAAAGGUUUUGCAGGAUGUGACUGCAGAUGAAUUCCAAAUUUGUAUGAACAUUUUGGCAUCAACAAAACUUGGCACAACGCCAAAAGGACAGAGUGAAUUGGUUGCUUUGGCAGUUGAACAGGCCGAACUUAACAGCGAAGAAGAACCGGUCAUCAUCGAAGAUGAACAUGUUGAACGAUACAUUUUGUGUGCCACUCACGCACUACCAUACUUUUCGUCACAAAUUGAAUCGACGCCAUUCAUCAAAUAUGCAUGCGAGAAACUCUUCCCAUUGCAUACAUGGAAACUAAUUGGCGCAAACGAUAGCGACCGUGACCAGCAGCACUUGCGUGUUCUCAAAGUAUUCGCCGAAAUGACAGCAUUCUGUGGAACGCUUGAGGCACCAAAUCUCAAGAUUGAAUCCAUUUUCAAUGUUCUUCAGGAGUAUAUGCCACUUCCACCAAUCACCGAGGGAGACGGAGCCAUCGAGGAAAAUCCAUCAUUCAAAUUUUCACAUGCCGAAUGUUUGCUGUAUGCUCUUCACAAAUUGGGCAAACAAGACGUGGAAUACUUUCAAUUCAAAGACGAUGCAAACAAAUUGAAGGAGUUCCGUUCGCGUUUACAGUAUUUGGCACGUGGUACACAAGGGUACAUCAAAAAAUUGCAAGAAGCUGUUAAAGGCAAGGCACCGAAAAAGGGCGACGAUGAAGCCGCCACAAAUGAGUAUCAAAUCAAGAUAAUUGCAUUGAAAACUACGUCAAACAUCAGCGCUUUGAUUCGUGACCUAUUCCACAAUCCACCGAUUUUCCGUUCAGUCGUACAAUUGUCAUGGAUCACAAAGAAGAAUAAUGAUUCAAACAAACGUCAUGCACCAAUCACUUUCCAAUCGGAUGCAUCAAACGAUGCAAAGCGAAAGAAGAUCGGUGCAAAGAGCACCACUUUGCCUACAUCGUCGUCCGAACAGCGUUUGUAUAAAACGCCCUCUGGUAAAUUUUCGGGUAAGGUAUCAAAUUAUUCAAACAACAGGCAUAACAGUCGAAAUGGUAAUGGUAAUGGUUUCCGUCAGCGUAACGGUCAAGGUAAAAAUCGAAAUUUCCGUCGCUAUUAAUACCCUUACGUACACAUACAAACACAAAAAAAAACUAUCUAUGUGUAAUCUAUCUAAGUUUCAUCUUCGAUUCACUUUUAUGCGGUCCAUUCUAUUAUGGCCAUUAUCACAUAUUGUUUCAUGAAAUUCUCUAAGUUUCGAUCGUUAACAGCCCAUUCGGGUCAUUGGCCCUCUUAAAAUUCACUCGAAAUUUAUUGGCAUCAAUCGCAAUAAAUAUAACCUUCACGUCGUGUUCCUUCCAUUGUUUGAAGAAAUAAUAAUAAUUUUAAUAGAGCAUACUCUCUUUAUCUAUUGAUCCAAUCGUAGAUGAAAUUUCUGACAAAAUAUUCACCGUUCAGAAGCAAUGAAUAGCAUUUCGAUUACCGUUUUUUUUUAUUUAUUCACAAAGAUCAUGGAGAUCGCAACAAUUUUUUUUCGUACGAAUUCAUUUUGUAAAACCAGACCAUUCUCAUUGAAGAAUCAGAAUUAUUUUCAAAUUUCACGUUGUUUUUGUGUGCUUUAUAAAUCACAAUAAAAUACGAAUUUGCAACAACAAUGAUAAA